AUCCUUUUUCUCUCUUCACAACCAACACAAACACAUCUCUCUUCUUCUUCUUUUUUCUCUCUCUCCAUUUCUUGUUCGAUUUCACAGUCAGACAGGCUUAUAUUAUUACGUUCAAAGAUAUAUUAUAUCAUUACGUUCUUUCGCAUGAGCAAAAAUAAUAUGGAAAUCGAGUCGAAUGCGUCUCAAAUCGGAGCGAAAAAAUUAUGGAAAAUAGUGAGAAUUGUAUUUUACAUGUUGAGAAAAGGCAUGUCAAAGAGUAAAUUAAUUCUUGACAUGCAAAUUGCUUUUCAAGACAUGUUAAAAAGAGGGAAAAUAGCCGGUAAGGCGAUUAGCGACCUCAUGUUACAUCCUCCGCAGUAUACAACAUCGUCUUUCACGUGUAAAUCGAACCACAACGACGUUAUUGCCAUGUCAUCGUACAUUACACGUCGCGAAUACGAGUUCAGCUGCAGUAAUAGUCCUGUAUUUCCUACGUAUAAUAAACGUAGACGAAAUCGUACGUAUAAAUCAGAUGAAAUUGCUGUUGUACAAAAAGUAUUUGACAUUUUGAAUACUACAAGUACAACUUAUGAUGCUGCUGGUACAACUACUAUUGCUUCUUCUUAUUCACCUUUGGCAUUACUUGGAUUUGGUAAAAGUCCAAAUAAUGUUAGAAAAUUAAGAGUUACUGAUUCGCCAUUUCCAUUAAAAGAUUCUGAAGAAGAUUAUAAUUCACAAGUUGAUAAAGAUGCUGAGGAAUUUAUUAAAAAUUUUUAUAAAGAAUUAAAGCAACAAAAAAAAAUUGCUUCUCUUGAAUCUCCGUCACCCUAUCAUGUUUAUGCUAGAGGGUAGCUAGCUCGGUGUACUACAGCUUCCGCCAGGCGCAAAGUUUGGAUCGGAGAAGGAUCGGAUCGCGAGGGUUUACUAUACGCAUGCAUGCAGUUUUACCGUACAGUUCUGCAAGAGGCUGUUGAUGAAUAAAGAAGUUAUGCAACAAAUUAGUGAAAUUUUUUUUCUGAAGUUUUUUGGCACUACCUACUUCUAUGACACACAAAGUCAAGGUUCGUAUCGUUUUUGGUACGGAGCGUUUUAUCUAGGGCAAAUUUAAGUUAGUCGGACUGCAAGAUGAAUAUCAGAUAUCGGAUGAUAUCGUUUUUGGUGCAGAGGGGCAAAGUCGAGUUAGCCGAACUGCAAGAUGAAUAUCAGAUACCAGAUGAUAAAAAAAAAUUAAAAUUAUAUUACUCCUUUUUUCACUUUUCAAGUUUUUUUUCUUUGUGUUAUGAAAUUGAAGUGGGGCAUUAAUUUGCUUGAAGAGAUGUAUGUUCUUGAAUCUAAACCAAAAAAGGCCAAAUCUUUGUUUCUAAUAUUACUUCUUUUUUUGUUUCA